CUCUUUUCUCCAUCGUCGGUGCCGUUGAUCAAAAUCAAAGUCACAACAAAAGAGUGAAUCACUUCAAAGCGAGAACACUAAUUUCGGAUCGAAGGUAAAAAACGCGAUAGCGAGCCUCCCCCAGCAGUGUAGUAGUAGCCGUUUAUGUUUAGCGGAGUAUAAAUAUGCCGAGAGCUAGAAGUGUGUCGCGAAGAAAAAAACCUUGUUCAAUUGGACUGGCUAUUGUGUUUGUUGUUCUAGUGAAAACUCUCGACGGAUCCGUCGCAUCCGCAAUACUCAAUAAGAGCGGUGAACAAAAAGGUUCCGUGACCAGCGAUGACAGUGCUUUCAGUUCCCUGCCAAUUGACAACGAUAACCUGUUACAAUAUCAGCAUUUGCUAGCAAUUUCCUACCAGCAGCAGGACGGGAGGCGGAGUAGCUUGACCCGAUUUCAAUCUAAAAGUGAUGAAGAGCUGCUGGUGAAGCUAGUGUCGCAUGAGCAAGACUGCUGGAAGUGGAUCUCAUACUACAACGAUGGAAGGGCUCAUAUCACCGAUCGAAACGAUACGCAUUUGCUAGUGUCGGUGGCAUUUUACGCUCGUCAGCAAAAAUUGUUGAACGCUGGAAUUGAUGAAGGAUCAUCGAUAGUUGGUGUCUGCAUUGCUGACACAGAACGAAACAAUUUGUUUUAUUCGCCACUUUCGUCUCUGAUAGAGGAUAGGAAUGGCGCGGGUGGUAUAUGGCAAGAUGGAGCCAGUGAUCGUCGUUUACCACGCAGUAUUGAUGAAGGAAGAAAACGGGUAAACCAUCUUCCAAGCGAGGGAAUGUUGGGUAGAAACUUGCUGAUUUUCGGUUUUCGUGUUGAGCAUGCUAAUAAAGAGCCGACAUUCGACGAUGAGGCUGUUCCUUCAGUUUUGAGCCAUUCCCCAGUGACACUGCGUCUUUUUGGACAAGGAUUGACUGAAGAAACUGUGGUAGUUUUCACACAGGAGCCUAAUGUCUUCGGCGGAUCUUGCUUAGUACCGGUGACUAAAAUUUUUCAUGUAGUGCCAGGAUCUGCUACCGAUAACACCGCAUUAAUCAACGUUGAAUUUCCUUUGCCCGUUGAAGGUGACUAUUUUUACAUUUGUGCUAAAUAUGACUCAAAUAAGAAAGAAAAGCAGCAGACAGCCGAAAUGGCCGAGCCAUUCAUUCAUCAAGGCCGAGACCCGUGGAUGCGCAUGACUAGUUAUGAGCCCUUCUUACCCUUGUGGGCAUCAUUUAUUAUCAUUGGAGUUUGUCUGAUGUUUUCUGCUCUGUUCUCUGGACUGAAUCUUGGUCUUAUGUCGCUGGAUCGUACCGAUCUAAAAAUUUUAUGCAACACCGGCACAGAAGAAGAGAAGCGCUAUGCCAGAGCCAUUCAACCGGUUCGUGAUCACGGAAACUUUUUAUUAUGCAGUAUUCUACUAGGUAAUGUACUAGUAAAUUCAACAUUCACUAUCUUGCUGGACAGUUUAACUUCCGGUCUUGUUGCGGUCAUCUGCUCUACGAUUGCUAUCGUAAUUUUUGGCGAGAUAACACCGCAAGCAAUUUGCUCCAGGCAUGGUCUGGCUGUCGGAGCUAAAACGAUCCUUAUCACGAAGGCUGUAAUGGUGAUAACAGCGCCGUUGGCUUAUCCAACUUCAAAGGUGCUCGACUAUAUUCUCGGGGAGGAAAUCGGUAACUUUUACAAUCGCGAGCGUCUGAAAGAGUUGGUCAAAGUGACCACUGAUAUCAACGACCUAGACAAAGAUGAGGUCAAUGUGAUUUCUGGAGUGCUUGAACUACGUAAGAAAACUGUUGAGGCUGUGAUGACUCGUAUUGAGGAUGCUUUUAUGUUGUCGCUGGAUGCGGUAUUGGAUUUUGAAACAAUCACAGAAAUAAUGAAAUCGGGUUUUUCGCGCAUUCCGGUUUACGAUGGCGACCGAAAGAAUAUCGUUACGUUGCUAUACAUAAAAGAUCUCGCUUUUGUCGAUCCGGACGAUAACACGCAGCUUAAAACGUUGUGUGAAUUCUAUCAGAAUCCGUGCCAUUUCGUAUUCGAAGAUGUAACUCUUGAUGUGAUGUUUAAACAGUUUAAGGAGGGGCAUAAAGGUCACAUGGCUUUUGUACACCAGGUCAACAACGAAGGUGAAGGCGAUCCCUUUUAUGAAACUAUCGGUUUGGUGACGCUGGAGGAUGUUAUCGAGGAAUUGAUCCAGGCGGAAAUCAUGGACGAAACUGAUGUAUUUACCGAUAAUCGUCGGAAAGUGCGUCGUGAUCGUACAAAGUGCCAGGACUUUGCCGUAUUUUCUCAGGGACGAGACGGGACUUCACAGCGACUGCGUAUUUCACCGCAGUUAACACUGGCAACAUUCCAAUAUCUUAGUACUUCUGUAGAUGCAUUCAAAGCUGAUAUGGUGUCAGAAACCAUUCUUCGCCGACUGCUCAAUCAGGACAUUGUUCAUCAUGUUAAGCAAAAGGGUAAAGACAAAAACGACCCGAGCAUGUUUAUUAUAACUCGUGGUAAACCAGCAGACUUCUUUGUACUUAUUCUGGAGGGACGUGUGGAAGUGACGGUGGGCCGAGAGAAUCUGGUUUUCGAAAGCGGACCUUUUACUUAUUUCGGCACACAGGCUUUGAUACAGAAUGUGGGCGUUGAUGUACCGCUAGACUCAUCGCAACAAAUUAUGGGAUCCCUGCAGUCAUUAAAUAUGGACGCCAUGUUGCGUCACGUUUUCUUGCCCGACUACACAGUCAAAGCUGUGACUGAGGUGGUAUAUAUUCAGAUCAAGCGCAACUUGUACUUAGCAGCUAAGCGUGCCACACUGAUGGAACGUUCGCAACGUCUAGGUGACCACUCAUUGGAGCCGAUUGAUGACGAAGUGGAGAAACUCUUGUAUUCAUUGGAUGAAGAUGAUCGCAGCGUGGGUGCGGAUACAGCAAAUCUACAAACACCGAAGGCCAGUAAACCAACGAGUAAUGCGCCUUCGCCGACGUUUAUGAUCUCCGAUCGGCCUACUCCAGACCAGAACAAUGGACCAGUAUCAAAUGCUGCGCAGUUAGGGCUUGGCGCCUUGAACACGCGCAGCAAUAGCCUAGCUGUUACCUCUCAGCGUACGUUUGAUGAAUCAGAAAAACCGUUGCUGACCCGUUCCAAAUCAUAAUCGCUAACUCCUGCUGUUUUUUUUUCGCAAAAUAAGUUAAAAGUAAUGUUUGUAGUCCUGGUUGUAGUCAAAAACAAAAACUAUUAUUACUAGCAAAGAAAGCAAAUCAAAUCAAAGCUAUCAUGUAAGUGGCAUGUACUUCUUAACGUUUUAUUUUUCUAAAAAAAAAAAGAAUACACAAAGAAGAUCUAGAAUGUAAGUGAAUCUUUCUCCCUUCUUCCUAUUGGACUACUUCCGAUCCGCUCACGUCGAGGUGGAGAAAUAGUGUCGGUUCGUUGACGAACUCGAAAUGCAUCGAGUAAAUUGAUAUCACCUUCUACCAUCGAGAUUUUAGUUAAAUAUAUAUAUAUCACCAUUAGGUUAGUACACAAAUUAAGUUCCUUCAGAGAGAAAAUAAUAAAAACUGUUGCAUUAUGAACAAGCAGAAUUUGUAGUUGAUGACGAACGAUAUAAAUUAGUUACGAUGUGUAUCCACACAAAAGUCCCUGCAUUUCACAACCACAAAACCAAAAUAAAAACUGUUUACGAUAUGAUAUAGAAAAUAAAAAAAUAUUUGUUUCCAA